GCAAGUCAAACAAGCAUUCAUGAUAUGGUGGAAUGACGCAUCUAGAGCCCUUUGAGUCCUUUGACCGCUUCCUGCGCGCGAGGCCAUGAUCCUGUACGAAGAUAUUGAUAGGCUGUGGCGUUCACGGCUUAGGUCAUGGUUCGGAUGCAUAGAACGAUCGAACCCUAACGAAUCUAAGCUCUUAGGCUUGACGGGGCCUUCAAAGCGCAGGUUUCGGUUGGAGCACAGCAUCCAACUGUGUACUGGGGUUCUGCAAUUUCGGAUCCUUUAUGGUAUCAUGAGCCUACCUAGUGGUAGUGCCGUAGCCCAUCGAAGCGGAAUGACUCAUUCGAUCAAAGCUGCCCGGGGUCUCUGGCUUGCUCCUCCAGCUUUGUUCAUACUCUCAGUCUAUAGAUGCGGAAUGCCGUACCGCUGUACUCCAUCUAACCUCUCGACGACGCCUUGCAGGUUUUAUUGGAGCUGCCAGUCAUCCUGGUCGAUUAGUUUGUUUCAAGGGACUACGGCUGGCCUCGAUUAUGGAGUGAUGUUCCUCAGUAUGUGCUUUCCCGGCGCACAAAGGCUAGUCACCAUGCACCAUACGGUGAACUAAUGUCUCUUGAAAUCCCAACCGGAUCGAUGAUUAUGGAUCAAUUAUCGGAACAAGCCCGAUACGGAAAUCACUGGACGUCCCGGACUGGCGCAAUUGUUUAUUAUUUUCAAGUUGCAUGAUUUCCCGUCGUCUAUUGUCUCUGACCUGGGGGCUGCAUUUCCGAAUCCUGGAAAGCACUGGUGUCGCAACUUCAAGUACGCCUUAACCUGUCUGCUGAUUACCAUCCCCAAACCGAUGCGUGCUUAUUAACAAGACGA